AUGCUGGCCGCCGCCUUCAGCAUGGCUCUGCGGGCGGCCGCUGUGUGCCUGCUCCUGGCAUGGAGCCCGGCUCUAGCCCUGGAGGGAGGGAUGCUCUACCCUCGGGAGUCCCCCUCGAGGGAGCUGAAGGACCUCAGCGGCCUCUGGAGCUUCCGGGCCGACUGGUCCGAGGGAAGGGACGCGGGGUUGGUGCAGCGGUGGUACCGGCGGCCGCUACGGCAGUCCGGGCCAGUGAUUGACAUGCCAGUCCCCGCCAGCUUCAAUGAGAUCACUCAGGACCCCAGUCUGCGGAAGUACGUGGGCUGGGUUUGGUACGAGAAGGAAUUGCUCCCGCCUGCCCGCUGGCUCCAGGAGGACGCUUGGACACGUAUGGUGCUUCGGAUCGGAAGUGCUCACUACUACUCCAUCGUAUGGGUCAAUGGGGUACAGGUGACCGAACAUGAAGGUGGCCACCUCCCCUUCGAAGCAGAGAUCGGCAGCCUCCUCCAGCCCUCCCAGCUGUGCCGCAUCACCAUCGCUGUCAACAACACCCUGACGCCUCACACACUGCCUCCGGGGACUAUUCAGUUCUUCAAGGACGAGUCCAUGUAUCCCAAAGGCUAUUUUGUUCAAAACACAAGGUUCGAUUUCUUUAACUACGCCGGGAUUCACCGGCCCGUCAUUCUGUAUACGACCCCCUCGGCCUACAUAGAUGAUAUCACCGUGACCACAGACUUGGCAGAAAAUGUUGGUUUGGUACAGUAUUUGGUCUCAGUUCAGGGAAGCCCACACUACUCCCUGACUCUAUCUUUGCGAGACAGAGAUGACAUCGUGGUAGCUACUGGAAACGGGUCGGCAGGCGAACUGAAAGUCCUGGAUCCCAACCUGUGGUGGCCCUACUUGAUGAAUGAGCAACCCGGAUACCUUUACUACUUAGAGGUCACGCUGUCUGCUUUUGUGAACGGGGAGGCCUUGAAAGACAAGUACACACAGCCGGUCGGCUUCCGUACCGUGCGGGUCACCAGCACCCAGUUCCUCAUCAAUGGGAAGCCUUUCUACUUCCACGGGGUCAACAAACACGAAGACGCUGACAUCCGUGGCAAAGGGCUGGACUGGCCCCUGAUUGUGAAGGAUUUCAACCUUUUGCACUGGCUGGGUGCAAACGCCUUUCGCACCAGCCACUACCCUUACGCCGAGGAGAUCAUGGAGCUUUGUGACGCCUACGGCAUUGUGGUAAUCGACGAGUGUCCAGGAGUGGGCAUGAGAGACAGCACCAACUUUGGAAACAAAUCUCUCCAGCAUCACCUCAUCGUGAUGGAGGAGCUUAUCCGCCGGGACAAAAACCGGCCCUCGGUCGUCAUGUGGUCAGUAGCCAACGAACCGGCCUCAGAGCUGGCCCCAGCGGCUUAUUACUUUAAGACCGUCAUCGCUCACACCAAAGCCAUGGACCCCACCCGGCCUGUAACGUUCGUCUCAAAUGCCAAUUAUGCUCGCGACCAAGGGGCGCCUUACGUGGACGUUGUCUGUGUGAACAGCUACUUCUCCUGGUACCACGACCCCGGGCACCUUGAAGUCAUCCAGCGACAACUCAGUUCACAGUUCGAGAACUGGUACAAAACUCACCAGAAACCCAUCAUCCAGAGCGAAUACGGAGCCGACGCCGUUGCUGGCAUCCAUAGCGACCCUCCCAUUAUGUUCACAGAGGAAUACCAAGCAGCCGUACUAAAGGAAUAUCACACCAUCUUUGACCAAAAGAGGAAGGAGUAUGUCAUUGGGGAGCUCAUCUGGAAUUUUGCUGAUUUUAUGACUGAACAAGGAAUAACACGCGUUUUGGGGAACAAGAAAGGGAUUUUUACUCGGCAACGGCAACCCAAAUCUGCUGCCUUUCUUCUUCGAGAGAGGUACUGGAAGCUUGCAAAUGAAUCCGGACUUCUCACGUCCAAACACGACAAUGUCUGUUUUCCUCAGCCUCAGGCCUUCAAGUGUUCUUAA